AUGUCUAAACGCCCGAGACACAUUGCUUGCCGCACUUGCCGGGAGCGCAAGAUUCGCUGUGAUGGACAGCAGCCAUGCUCUAGAUGCGCUGGACAGUCACAGUCGUGUGUCUAUGCGACCCCGUCAAGCUCAGAUGCCGGCAAUUCUGACCUCACACAACAACUUCAAAUGAUGAACGACCGUCUCAGAAGAGCAGAAGCCCAGCUGGCAAACCAAGCAUGCUGGGCCAUCACUGAAGAACCCCUUGCUACUCCGGGCACUUAUCCUUAUACCAGUUGGCCUACCAAUACCAUUCAGAGUCCUAUUCCUCUCAGCCCAUCUUCCUACAUGACAUUGCCAAUUGACAUGGAAUCCCCUCAGCCCGAGUGGGCUUUGGACGCCUUUGCCGGGCUUCCUGCUGUCACACAGCCUUCUUCCAGCUCGUCUACCUCCUCAUCUUUCUCUAUUCCUCACUCAAAUUACGAAGAUCGUAUACUUUCACCACAAAACAUGCAAAAACUACAAGAAGCGUUCUUUCAAUCACACAGCCACCUAUUCCCAAUGCUGGACCAAUGGCGGAACCUCGCCAACCCAGUGGUGAUCCAGUCAGAGCCAUGGAAGAGCAGUAUCUACUAUGCCAUCUGCACUCAUGGAGCCCUGGUGUCCGGCAAUGCUUCCCUCGAGGAAGCUUGCUACCACCGUGCCCGAAGGGAGCUUGAGCUAUCAGACAUGGGCGGGCCUGGGAGCCAAUUCUUCAAGAUUGAAACCCUACAAGCCUCGCUACUAAUCGCCCUAUACGAAUUCAGGCGGUCAUAUCUACCACGAGCGUGGAUCUCACAUGCCCGAUGUACCCGGCUUGUUCAGCUACUGGGCUUGCAGAAGCUCGACCGAGUUGCUGCUUCAGAAGAAGACGAGGCCGAGUUGGAAGAGAAGAGACUCACAUUCUGGGCUACAUACGUCUUUGACUGCUUAAUAAAUAUAUCUUUUGGAGGCUCAUUGGCUUUCUCAGAGCGUGAGAUCUCUACGCGGUUUCCAAGAUACAUUCACCAGAGCCCGGAUAUACUUCCUACUCCGCAACCUUUCACACUUAGCCAUCUCUUACAAUCCCCCGACCUAUCUCCAAUGACACCUUAUAUGGCUACCAUAAUUCUUGUUACGACGUGGGCUAAGACCCUCAAGCAUGCUCGAGAUGCAGACAACUUUGAGCUGGAGGAUCAGAACCGACACCAGUUCUGGGUCAGCCACCAGGCACUUGAUGCUACCAUAAACAAGGUAGAAGCGUGUCUUGGUGACCUUACUCAGUUCACCCUGCUUGCGGAUCCAACUAUUUCUUUUCUUAAUGCCGCCAGGCAUUCUGCAGCAAUUUCACUUUAUCAAACAGCCAUCGCUGCGGCAGUACCGGCCAGGCUGCCAGUGGCUCUGAUUGAAUCCUGGCAACUGAGGUGUCAGAACUCAGCUAUGGAAAUAAUAACUCUCUCAGGGGUAAUGCUUGAAGGCAAUCUACUUCACAAUAUCAAGCAUUUUAACCCCUUUAUCCUUUUAUCCAUAUAUACUGCCUGCGCAUACCUGGCUCGAAUUAUCCGAACGGGCAGCCCUGACUCCAGGAUCCUCGACCCAAUUGAAUCUACCCUCAGAUCCUUUAAUAGAACUGAGAUCAAAACAGCUAAUCCGACCCUUGAUGUGUUCCUACCACGCAUCUUCAAAGACAUCGAAGACACCCGGGGAUUUCCCGAGCCAAUUAUAGACCCAUCGGUCUGGCUAUUGAACCCAGGAGAAUGA